UCAGCAGUGAGACAGACGCAGGCGUGGAGGGAGCGUUGUGGACGCGCUGCGAGGAGUUCGAGAACCGGUACCGGCUCUGUCCACGUGGUCCCGGUACCGGCUCUGUCCACGUGAUCCCGGUACCGGCUCUGUCCACGUGGUCCCGGUACCGGCUCUGUCCACGUGGUUCUGGUCGCAGCUGCUACCGGUUCGGAGGAGUGACGUCACGCUCCAGGUUCUGGUGAUGGAGGCCCCGCCCCGCGGGGAGGAGCAUCGACAGGAAGCGGAGCAACAGACUGAGGCCCCGCCCCCGGCGGUGGCCGUCAGCCGGUGUGGCUCCGCCCCCCUGCUGUGGCGGGUCCCGGACCUGAAGGCGGUCCGGUCCCGGGGCCUGGUGGGGGCCCUGCUGGGCUCGUUACCCAGAAGCCCCCGCCAAAACCUCCGUCUGGGCCGCCCUCUGCUGCUGCUGCCGGAGGAGGAGGAGCUGCUGAGGGAGGGGGCGGGGCCUGCAGCCCCGGCUCCUCCCCCACACCGCCAGGGCGGGGGGGCGGAGCCGGGCCAGCGGUACCAGGAGGAGCAAAGGCGGAGCUACGAGGAGCAGAGGGUCCUGGCUCUGGAGGACCGGAGGCUGGCGCUGACCCGGGCUCUGACGUCACGGGAGACAGGAGAGAGCGUUACCGUGGAGACGGACCCGGAGGCCCGUCUGGAGGCCCGUCUGGAGGCCCUGGACCGGGACUUCCAGUUCCCCCCGUCAGCGCUGGCGGUCCAGCUGAGCACGGCGAGGGCGGGGCUUAGCUGCUGCCCCGAGACCCGCCUCUUCCUGCGGGCCGAGCGGCCAAUCAGAGGCCGGGACGCCCCGGGAUCCAGGUACCAGGUGUUCCGGGACCUGCGGGGGCGGGGCUUCUUCCUCACCUCGGCAGGGAAGUUCGGCGGGGACUUCCUGGUUUACCCAGGCGACCCGCUGCGGUUCCACGCCCACUUCAUCGCGCUGGUUCUGGACCCGGACCAGCCGGUCCCCCUGCUGGACCUGCUGGCCGAGGCCCGGCUCGGCUCCAACGUCAAGAAGACGGUCCUGCUGUGUUCGCCGGCGCCGGACGGAACCGUCCAAUACACGUCCCUGCAGUGGAGCGGGAUGGUGUGAGCGGAACCAGAACCGGAACCCGGCUCUUUGGGCCGCUCCGGGACCCUGGAGUACCAGCGAUACCAGCUGGUCGUCGGCUCUGCAGGCGUGACGGAUGUAGAGCUUCGGUCCGGAUCAGUUCUGGACCUGCUGGUCCAGACCCGGGUCCAGAUCCCCUUCAGACACUGUUUGGUACCUCGCUGGCGAACAUCGCUAGCUGGCGGUCGCUGGCGACCGUCGGCUAGCGUAGCGGCGAGUCUGCAGCAGAAACAUCUGGAUCCGUCACAUCUGUUUCCCUCUCCUCAACCUCACCUCCCAUUCCAGUUCUGUCACCGUUUGUGUCUUUAUGAAAAUGAAAAUAAUCCAAAAGUCUCUGGUGUCUUGUUUU